CUUGUGCCGCAUUUCACAUGCAGCUCACAGACUCCCAGCGAGGGAAACAAGUGCGCGCCUGACCCCAUUCACAAUUUUUAGCAGUGAGGCUCGAGUGCCUAAAGCAGAACAUUUUCCCGACUGUGAAAGAAGAGGAGACAAGAUGCAUCAAGUCUGCAGCUGCUGGAGGGGGUGCAUCAGGGGUCUCUACAGCUGCAACUGGAGGGAGCCCAGCAGGACCAACAGAAAAAUGCCAUGCUGCUGGCUUUCAUUCGUCGCUGUGGUGUCCUUGCUCUCCCUGUCCUGGCUGUACAUUUGUCUCAUUUCAUUUAAUGACCAAGAGGAGCUAAACGGGCAGCUAUUCACAUGGCUAAAGUCCUGGUUCAAUUGGUUCAUGUUGAUCAUCAUCUUUUCUGCAGUGUUAACCAGUUACUGCAUUCUGCUACUGCUCUUUGCAUUGACUCAAAUUAUUUUUGGAGAGAAGCUGGACUUGCACUGGCUGCACAAGAUAUUUCUUUUUUUUGGAGCGAUAUUCAUUGUUGGUGGAAUCUCUGUGAUGGUGGGGAUGUGGAAAAGGGUGCUACCAACAAUUCCUCUUUCACUCCAGGCGACGGCUCCUUUCCUGCAGUUUGGUGCGGUAGCAGCUUUGACGCUGAUCAGCUCGUUUGUCUUCCAGGCUUUCCACAAUAUUAAAACAAAAUCCAGGUUCCUGAUUCUAGUGUUGUUUGCCGUUGUGUCAGCUGCUAUCUUCCUGUGCCCCCUCCUCAUUCAGUCGCCAUGUUUCAUAGAACUGAAGGAUUUACCAGAAAAACCAAAGCUGAUUGCUCACAGAGGCGCUCCAAUGCUGGCUCCAGAAAACACCAUGAUGGCGUUUGAAAGGAGCGUCACAUGUGGUGUGAUGGCCUUUGAGACCGAUGUGCAGAUCAGCAAAGACAGGAUUCCCUUCUUGAUGCACGACAAUAAGAGUGAGUUCUUGCUGAGAACCACAAAUGUCAAGGAAAGCUUCCCAACAAGAUCGAUUACAAGCAACUUGGACCUGACUUUUGGGGAAAUACAGAAUCUGAAUGCAGGAGAAUGGUUCUUAAAGAAAGAUCCCUUUUGGUCGGUGUCCCAGCUCUCAGAAGAGGAGAGGCAGACAGCUAGAAAUCAGACCGUACUUUCGCUCCUGCAGCUCCUCGAGCUGGCCAAACAGCACAAUAUUUCUGUGAUCUUUGAUCUCUACCAAACAGAAAAGACCUCUACGGACAGUGAUGACACAGCAGCCAUAGUUGACACCAUCCGGAAGUCUGACAUUAACCCAGGACUUAUCCUUUGGCUUCCUCCAGAUAGAAGAAAAUGGGUGAAAGAAACUGCACCAGGCUUCGUUCACAUUUACAGCAAUUUGUCUGAAAUGAAAAUCAACAAUGAUAGACACCUAAAUGUGAAAUACAACAAACUGAGCAUGAAAAGAAUCAGGGAACUCAGGGCAGACAAUAUUACCGUGAACCUGUGGGUGGUGAAUGAGCGCUGGCUGUUUUCUUUGCUGUGGUGCGUGGGGGCCAGCUCUGUGACCACAAACUCCUGCCACCUCCUGAAGGAUGUGGAGCAGCCUGACUGGUUCAUGUCCUAUCAGACCUACACAAAAAUCUGGAUUCUGGUGGAUGCUGCAUCCGUGUUGAUAAUGGCAGCUCUAUUCGUCUUACAGUGGAAAGCACACUGUUCCUGUCUCAGAAAAGGGAGACAAAGAGGUUCGACAUUUUCAGACACCGAAUUGCCCUUUUUAUCUCAGCAUAUGAAACCUUGAGGCUGUUCCAGAUCCUUUCCUGCCCAGCAGUGCCAGACUGGAGCUGCAUGGAAGACAAUUAGUGUCAUUUCAAAGCAAUUCUUUUGAUAAUGCCAUAAAACUUAAAAUGCCAUUUCAAACACAGUUUAGGAAAGAAAAAGUGAACAAAACCACCAAAGAUUGGCAGAGGUUUGCAUUCUGUUGAUUUUUGUGCAGUUUUUAUAAAGUUGUUGUUUGUUUUGUUUUUUGAAUUUUACUACUGAAAAACACACAAUGUAACUGUGAAUAACUUUUUAUUGAAUUUUUUAAACUGAAUUAUUACAUUUGUCCUUGUUUGACUAAUGCAGCUAUGGUGUUUCUGUUUUCUGAGCCACAAAAUCUAAUCCUCUGUUUGAAAAGAUAUUUUUACCUUUUCGAAUGUAAAUACAUGCUCUACUUUAUUCUCAGGGAAAAAGAAAAUAAGACAAAACAAAAUAAAUAAAAAUCUAUGUUUGUGGA